CGCCUCUGUCAAGGGCAUUGGAAGCUGUCGUUUACCAAACCUAGCGUUUACCAUCUGCACGUGCAGUCUCUAUAAAUCCCCCAAAGUCGAAUAUCCGAGCAGGACGCAGAUAGAAAUGGAUGGGUUUGGUACAGACUUCUCAGCAGGAGGGUCCGGUGGAAAAAUGGACACCGGUACCAUCAUGGAACAGGUUAAAGUCCAAAUCGCGGUGGCUAACGCACAGGAACUUCUCCAGAGAAUGACAGAUAAAUGCUUCAAGAAGUGCAUAGGUAAACCUGGGAGCACACUGGACAACUCUGAGCAGAAAUGUAUCGCCAUGUGUAUGGAUCGGUAUAUGGAUGCCUGGAACACUGUAUCCCGAACAUACAACUCCAGAUUGCAGAGGGAAAGAGCUCGGAUGUGAACAUCCUUCUCCUCCUUCCCUUCCUUGGGCUGCUGCUGACAGUGAGGAUAAGUGCAGCGCAUCACUGGAGGUCAUGAACUGUGCACACACAGGUGUAUCAUGGAAGCAGCACAUCAUCAACCUCUGCCACAAUACCUCACAGACAGGCAGACAAGGCCUUUGGACUCCUAGCCAUAAGAGUGUCUCUGUGGAGAGUUUGAUUUCUGCUGAGGAACAGCUUACCAAUAAAGCUUAAUUAUUUUAUCUUAUAUGUAAGAACUACAAUAAUUCAUCCUCUGUGGGUACUUUCCACAUUUUGUGCGAAUGUUUAUACACUAGCCAUGUGUUUAAAUGGCAAAAUAGUGUGAUGUGGUAGAAACGCUUUACUGACUUUGACAUCAGACAGAGUUUGAGUUCCACAUGUGACAAUUUAGGACACAUAGAGCCCAUAACUGAACAGGAUGACUCCUAGUCAAUAUAUGUUUCCAAAACAGUGUUUGGUGCACAUUAUUUGUGCUCAGAAAAGGACAAAAUAUUUAAAUCUGAGAUAAAAGCAACAUUUCAGGAGUCCUUUACAGCCAAGUGUCUGAGAUCUAUUGAAACUCCCUCUCCAAGCAUUUAUAAAACCUCUAUAACUUGUCUUCACUCAUCUAAAUUGCAUUUUGAAUUUUUGUUUUUUCUCGAAAACAAUGCCAGUGUGCUAUUAGAUGGCAUGGACAUAACAAUAAACCUUUACCUAAAUAAAUGUCAUUUUGAGUUUGCAUAUAAGACCUAGUUCUGUCCCCUCUUCAUGCCGGACUGCAGCUACUGCACCUUUGACUCCAUCACUAGCUCUGGCAAGUCCCAUCCCACAAGUUGACAGGAGUGUUUUUUUAUGUUUAUGUUUCAAAUCCUGACUAAUGUUAAAAACUUUUUUCCACACUGCUGUUCCAAAGUAGAUCUGCUCCAUCACACCGUUUAUGACUUGUUUCACUUGUUAUUUUAUAACAAAUAAAAUAUGGGCAUGUGAAAGUUAAA